AUGGCAGAUAACUUUUUCGUAAGUGCUGAGGAUGGUGAUGUGGAAAAGGAACCAAAUGAUGUGACAGCAGAGAAUGCAGCAGUUAAAAGUUAUGGAACAGUGACUGAAAAAAGAAGGAUAGGAAUACUGGAACGGGAUGCUAAAUGUGAUGUGAAUGCUUUUCUUUUAGAGGAGAACCCAAGUUAUGAUAUUGUAAAAGCAACAGAUAAAUGGCAGUACAUGGAUUUUCUCAGGGAUAAAGCAGUGAAUGACACAUGGGCGAAUGAAAUUCGAUUAGCAGAUCAGGUACCUGCAGGAGAUGAAAAUCUGAACAAAAUGUCUGAUACUAUUAGCUUUAUUAAUUACAGGGGUCAGCUUUAUAGCAAUCAGAGCAGUUCUGAAAUGCAGCCUUUUGUUAUGGGGAUGGCCUCCUUUCUUAUUGUUAGCGUGGUGUUGGACAUUUCUGGGAAUGCACUGGUCAUCACCUCAGUUCUACGAAGCAAAAAACUCAGAAAUACUGGUAAUGUCUUUGUUGUCAGCUUAGCUGUGGCUGAUAUGUUAUUAGCUGUGUACCCGUACCCUGUGUCCUUGGUUUCGAUGUUCCAUAAUGGCUGGGUAUUAGGAGAUAUACACUGUAAGGCAAGUGGAUUUAUUCAAGGACUGAGUGUUGUGGGAUCGGUCUUCAAUAUUACAGCAAUUGCCAUAAAUAGAUACUGCUUUAUCUGUCACAGCAAGAUAUACAGCAAAUUGUACAGCCUGAAAAAUACGUUUGGUUGUGUUGGACUCAUAUGGAUUCUGACCAUCGCUGUGGUUUUACCGUCUUUCUGCAUUGAUGCUUACCAGUACAAUCCAGUGAUAUACUGUUGCACUUUAGGACAGACAGUGAGUUCAGCAUUCACCACUGCUACAGUAACUAUCCAUUUUCUAGUUCCAGUAAUUAUUGUUAUAUUUUGUUACAUAAAGAUAUGGGCCCUUGUGGUUGCUGUGAAAAAUCGUGUAAGACAAGACAGUAAACAGAAACUAAAACCAAAGGAAAUAAAACACUUCUUUUCAAUGUUUAUUGUUUUUGUGGUCUUUUUAAUUUGCUGGGGCCCGCCAAAUUUCACUGCUUUAGCUAUAGUAAUUAACCCUACAGAUGUAAUACUUAACAUACCAGCUUGGAUGUUUUCUGCAACUUACUUCAUGGCAACCUUUAACUGCUUUGUUAAUAGUUUUCUUUAUGGGAUCCUGAACCAGAAUUUCCGAAAGGAGUACAUUAGAAUAUUAAUAUCUACCUGUGGCAUAUUUUAUUCUCAUAUCAUAAAGUAA